GCAUUCCCUUCUCUAACCUUCUCAAUUUCUCCUCAGGUCUUCAUACUGACAUGUAUCUACCUGCCGGCCUCACUGCUGAGCCUCCUGGGCAGUGGAUCAAUCCUUGCUGGCACCUCCUGGCAGGGACGAUGCUGCCACAUCCAGCUUCGCCCCCUUUUCCUCCUGGCCCUGGCAGAUCUCCUGGCUGCCACCGUGGUGCUGGGCACGGCCACCAUCCAGCUGCUGCCAGCCCAGCUCUUCAUCCCUGCCUACGCUGCUUGUCCCUACGGACGGAUGCUGGCCAUGACCUUCUACGCCGUCUCCUUCCUGAUGGUCGUUGUCUACGCCUACGAGUCCUGCCGCACCCUCCGUGGCUGGAGAGCCUGGCACGUGGCAGCUCUGCAGGAGAGGAGCAGGUGCCUGGAGAGCUUGUGGCAGGGGCUGCCCUACAUCCUGGCCUGGCUGGUGCCAGCUCUGACCUUCCUGGGGCAGCUGGUGGCCCGAGGCACCUCCCUCAGUGACAUUGCACCCCGACCCCUCGAGCCCCCCCUGCCCUGGAAAGGCAACAGCUCCAACGAGACCUACAGCCUCUACUGCUCCAGCUGCCUGCUCCUCAUCCACCCUGCCCAGGAUAUCUGCUACCAGUACGUCGGUAGGAAGGACGUGGGUCUGGAAGGGAAAAUCAUCUUCCUGCUCUACCUGCUGCUGGUGCUCAGCGGCUGCACGCUCCUGUACCAGCGGGUGAGGCGCUGGGGACGCGGGGACGCGGCGCCGCUGCUGAGCCUGGGGCAGGACGGGUUCGGGGGCAGGAGCAUCCGCGGGAUCCGCAGGGUCUCUCACCACUUCCAGCUGGUUUUCCUGCUCUGCUGGGCACCAGGCAAGUCGGGGCGGGAUGUCCCUGGGCCCGGCGGGCAGAAAGGAGCCAGCGCAGCUCCUGCUGCAGCCCCCAGGUCCCAGGAAGAGCUGUCAGGUGAAUGA